AUGACGGCUGAGUCCCAGCAGUCGCCAGCCGAGGCGGCCAGCCCGCUGGUCAUGUCGCCUAACGUGAGUCUGGACUCCCCGUUACUGCCACCGCCUCUGAUGCUGCAGGCCCGGACGAAGGACGGGGUUCUGAUCAAGUCUGAGCCCCGGGGAACUAGUCCGAACACGGAUCGAGAGGAGGGAGCUGCUCUGGGUCAAACCGAGGAGCACAUGCCCACGGGGAGUCGACGGAGGAAGAGGCCCGUUCAGAGAGGGAAACCACCCUACAGUUACAUCGCUCUCAUAGCCAUGGCCAUCGCCAACUCCCCCGAGAGAAAACUCACACUUGGUGGUAUUUAUAAAUUCAUCAUGGAACGUUUUCCCUUUUAUCGAGAGAACUCAAAGAAGUGGCAAAACUCCAUCCGCCACAACCUCACCCUCAACGACUGCUUUGUCAAGAUUCCCCGGGAACCUGGAAGGCCUGGUAAGGGCAACUAUUGGACUUUGGACCCCGCCGCUGAAGACAUGUUCGACAACGGGAGUUUUCUGCGGAGGAGGAAAAGAUUCAAACGCACUGACGUAAGCACCUAUCCUGGUUACAUGCAAAGCUCUAGUGCGUUCACCCCGACCCCCAUGGGCAGACCGGCAUACCCCAACAACCUGUACCCAGGAAUAGGAUCGGGUUACGGAUCGCAGCUGGCAGGUUCCCCCCACCCGGGGAUGCUGCAUCAUUAUCAGACCUCUGCCGGGGUCAGUCAAGGGCAGCCAAGAAUGUUCAGCAUCGACAACAUCAUCAGCCAGCAGUCGGUGAUGCAGGGAGGAGAGCUCAACCCGCAGGCCCUGGGGUUAGGCGGUGGAGACCUGGGCACCAUGUCAGCUAGCUGCUCCCUCAAUGGCACUGACCCCUCCAAUUGCUUCCAGACGCAGACUGUCAAUCCCUCAGGGAAUUCACUGGGCAGAGGCGGUGGGGGACUGUCAUCAAACCUGGCACCUGGUUAUCCUUACUCUUCCUCGGCAUCCCCUCCCCACCUGCCUUCCAUGACGCAGUCCAGUUUCUCUCCAGGUACUUCUCAGGUGUACUGCACGGGGAACCGGCUGUCUCUACCGGCCGUGCGCUCCGGGUCUUGCGCCGAACACACUGAGCAACUAUUGGGUCUCUCCAGCCCAAUGAACUCUUACAACAACUCUUACAUGAGACAAGCCAACUUUGCGUCAGGACUAGAUCGGUAUAUGUGAGAAACUGAUUUUUAUAGAGACAAACAACGAUAGAGCCUCAAAAUACAUUCCAUUUGAAAUAGGUGUGAAACCUCUUCUUUGUUUGAAAUGCCAAUAUACAUUCCAUUAUAGUUGUGUUCAUUUCUCAGUGCUUUUGGUUCGUUUACCUUAUGUGUUCUAUUAAAUUAAUAUUGUGUACCCUAUUUGCGUGUACUUUUUUGUCAGAGAACAAUUCCAGUCAUUGUCACCUGUCAAAAAGAAGACUUCUUAAACAAUAUCAUUAGCCAUAUAUACUGUUCUAUUUUGUGAAAUGUAAAUAAUUUAUUUGUUUGUGAUUUAUGUUGAAUAGGCCUACAUUGUUAUUUACGGUUUUUGGUUCGUGUAAUAAAUACAUUUUUUGAUAAGCAUGGUCUUGUCGCUUGCAUCUGUUGAACUGAAUAUGUCUAUGAUCUACACGCACCCCUCUGAUUUAAAUUAAGCCUACUUUAAAUUAAUAUUUGAUUGCUCAUUAUAAUACUUUAAAUCCAAUUCCCAUAAACCGUAUGGCCUUUAAUGAGUUGUUUUUCCUGUGUACCCAAUAGCCUAUACAUUUAUAUUAACCACACAAAAUAUUUACUGAUUCAUUCAGAUAUAGGCCUGCAACGGAAUUUCCACACUCAUUCUGGAAUAUAGGCUACAUACUUCCUUUAUAACUUCGUUAAUGGUGUUGAAAUAAUUCGUUUCCCGCGUGUAAAUAAAAAUGACCAAAUCAGGAAUAGUGGGCCAAAUGUAUGGUGUUGAAUUAGGCCUACCCAACUGUCUCAUCAUUUAACCUUUUGUUUUAUUACAUACUUCUAGGGAAAAUAGGCAGUGUUUUAUUUGCAUGACUGUAAGAUCAUUUGUAUGUGUUGUUAUAGUAGCACAGAAACGUCAUGCUUUACAGUUAUUUGAAGUAAUGUCACAGUAUAAAUGUUCGUUAAUCCAUGUUUGCGCACACGUUUUGGACUUGACCAAAAAGAUCGUAGGCCAAACGAACUUCUUGGUCUAGACAUAUUAAGGCCUAAAUAAUAUAGUGUUGCUGUUAUUGUCAGUUUAUGUAGAUUUUUUUUGCACAAUGUAGCCAAAUCUAUUGACCACAUACAGCCCCCCUCCGCCACACACACAUCACAAAACAUGAAAUACAAAUCUCAAAACAGGCAUAUUUUAAAUGACAUCUGGUAUCAUGCUUUUGUUCUUUUUGAUUUUACGCGUAUUAUCGAUAUUGAUUAAUGUACUGCAUUAUUGAGGGAGAUGGCACACAAUCAUUUCGCUGCACCUUUAUACCUGCUGUAAACUGUGUACGUGACGAAUACAAUUAGAUUUAAUUUGAUUUUUUUACAAUCUGAUGUAUUUUAUAUGCUCUUUGUCCGAAAAUGAACACGAGGUGUAUAGGCUCACGUGUAGUCCAAUGGUAGAUAGCAUAGCUAAUAGGUAUAUUUGAGUUCUAGGGCCUAUCUAUGCACAACUUGGCAAUGACAUAACAUACAUAAAUGUAUUUGUAAUUGAAUCCAUACACCUGUGCUAUUCUAACUGUACAGUACCUCUGGCGAGUCUGUACAUCAUUGGUCUGUAGCCUAAUAGAUUAUUGUUUACCUAUAGUUGGAGUGACACCUGGCGGUCUCUAUGAAAAGUUUGUCUGGAGUGAUUUGUGGAUUGGAAUUGGUGCCGGAUUCUACAGUUUGCCCACUAGGUGUCAUGCACUACUAACAAGUCACAAACUGAAAAUCACAGAGUAGCCUAAAAAGGAAAAUAACAUAUAUUAAUGUGAUGUUGUUGAGUGAUAUUUUGUUUGUUAUGUUUCCGGUCUAAAGUCCAAUAUGGAUGGAAGUCAAAUAUGUUCUCAUCCCUUGAGGAAAAUAACAUAUUUUGAGGCAAUAACAAAAAACUUUUAGGCUACCAUGUCCACCACUAUAAAGGCUGCCUGCACAAAUCACCAUUUUGUAGUUGGAAGUCCAUGGUGGUCCCAAGCAAUCCAGACAAAACAUGUUUGGCUUAUAUCCUGCAAAAGCUUUAGGCUACUACAAACUAGUUUUUUAUUUCAUGUGAUUUUGAAAUAGACCAAGGCUUAUUCCAUAUAAUUAGAAUAGAGACCGACUUGAAGCAUAUCCCUAAUAUUUUCUCUCAAAACGUCUGAUCGAGGUUUUGUCGUGGCAUUUAGAAUAUUAACCAACAGGUGAGCACACCUAGUAUCAAGUGCAAGAACUGCCUCCCAAGUCAUUUGUUCUUGUCAGUGUUUUUGUCAGCAGUGUCAUGGGUCUGGUGGAAAUGCAGACCCAGGAGACUGCCAAAUCUAAGUCUUGGUUUGGAUGAUGAUCAAUUGUAAUUGUGCAUAUAUAAUCAAAGCAGGGUUGGGUAGGUUACUUUCUAAAUGUACUCCCGAGUGGCGCAGUGGUCUAAGGCACUGCAUCGCAGUGCUAACUGUGCCACUAGAGAUCCUGGUUCGAAUCCAGGCUCUGUCGCAGCCGGCCGCGACCGGGAGACUCAUGGGCGGCGCACAAUUGGCCCAGCGUCGUCCAGGGUAGGGGAGGGAAUGGCCGGCAGGGAUAUAGCUCAGUUGAUAGAGCAUGGUGUUUGCAACGCCAGGGUUGUGGGUUCGUUUCCCACGGGGGGCCAGUAUAAAAAAAAAAAAAAAAAAAAUGUAAUCACUAACUGUAAGUCGCUCUGGAUAAGAGCGUCUGCUAAAUGACUAAAAAUGUAAAUGUAAUCCGUUACAGUUACUAGUUACCUGUCCAAAAUUGUAAUCAGUAAUGUAAUUUUGGAUUACCCAAAUUCAUUAAUGUAAUCUGAUUACUUUUAGAAAUUUUAGAAGAAGACAUUUACAUUUACAUUUUAGUCAUUUAGCAGACGUUCUUAUACAGAGCGACUUACAGUUAGUGAGUGCAUAAUUUUUUUUUUCAUACCAAAAGAUCCAUCAAACGCAUUUGGUGUGUCAUCAUAGUGGUCUGUGACUUGUGGUCAGACGUGCUCAGGUGGAACAAACUUAAACUUGUGCCUUUUUUCAAUGCUGAAUUGAAUGUCAUUGAGAAAACAGAAAGGUGUCAUCAUGUUGUUGUUUUUUCGCAAACAUCCUUUCAAUUUUUUAAAAAGUCAUACAAGAAGUAAUCAUCUAGUUUUUUUUUUUAAAGUAGGCUUUCUGUUAUCUGAUUACAAUAUUUUUGCUGGUAACGUUACUAAUUACAGUUACAGUUUUUUCUAACCAGAUUACAUGUAAUCAGUUACUCCCCAACCCUGAUCAAUAGGCAUAGGCUACAUGAUGUUAUUUCUCUCCAAAUCAGGAGAAAAACAUAGUUUCAAAAAAAUUAAAUAAUCGAAGAAGUAAUCAUCCAGUUUUUUUAAGUAGGGUAUCUGUUAUCUGAUUACUAUAUUUUUGCUGGUAAUGCUACUAAUUACAGUUACAGUUUUUUAAAAACCAGAUUACAAAUCUAAAAUGGCGAGAUAGCUUCUUGCUAGAACAAUUAUAAAUUGAGAUUUGGCCUUUCUCCCAUGCAGCUGUCUGGUUCCUCAGCUCAGCGAUGCGAGCAAUGCAACCACUGCCAGCUGACGGCCGGCUCGACCUGCCCUGGGCCGGGGAGGAUUGGGAAUGGGAAGAGGGUCUGACUGAGUGAGUGUGUUUAGAUAAAUUACAAUUGAGAGGACUUCACCGUCUACUCGGGACACUUUCACUUCCCCACGAUUAUGCUAGGCUAUACCUUCAACCGCUUCCACCUCCGUAACAACUGAACUUGAGAGUCAUGCAUCAACAGAUGUAAAAUGUAGCCAAUUGAGUUGGCAUGAAUUGACGAUAUUUUAAAUUCGAAUUUAGGCAAAUUAAAUGUAGUUUAUCAUUGCUGUGCGAUAACUCGCUUUUGCAGGUGGGGAUCGCCUAAAAUGCAUUUCACAUUUGUUAUUUAUUUAUUUCGAAUGAUAUUUGGGCCUGUAUUGGGAAAAUCCUCAAAGGUUCAUUGAAAUAUCGAUUUCAAUAUUAUAUAAACAAAAGAAAGCAAUUUUACCCACCCAAACAUUGCCAAUAAAGUUACUGUGGUGUUUUGGGCAGGAGACGCCUGUGUUAACAUGAAGGGUCCUGUUAGCUGAUGAAAAUGUUUAAAAAAAUGGUCCUGUACAAAGACGGAUGAGGUGCUGAUGUAUAUUACAAUAACGCCAUGUUUCUGCAACAUAAUGAACUGGAAUGCGAGCGGUGCUCCCCUCCUGUCAUGAAGCACACAGACCCAUACACAUUACAUACCAUGUCAUGUCAUCUGUUCUGCCCAUAGCAUACAUAGCAUACUCUGACGAAGACGAAUUAGAGCAGGUUGCAGGCGCAUAUGUGUUUGUCUAUAUGUGAAUUAUGUGGAAUAUGUAGAUGGAUAAUGUUAAGACUUUUGACAAGUAAAACAUAAAACCCGUGAGAAGUGAUCGGGGAAUUAAUGCAAGACAUGUACAUGGAAUUCCAUAGCUUGUGCUACCUUUCUCCUCUGAAAAGAAAUAAUGAAAGGCCAUAUUAUUAUUAAACAUUGUUAUUGUUUGUCGUAAAAUUAGGCCUAUCAUUAUUAUUACACAGUAGUAGGCUAAUUAUAUUAUUUUAUCAUUCACGAAGGAUUCUUUCCAUGGAAAAUUCAUCCCAUAGUCUCAAUUCUGAAAAACAUUGCUUCAAUUGUAAAACUUGCACUGUGGAUUUAUAGAAUAUUCACCUGUCAGUCUCGGCUGUGAAUUACUGGAUCAGCUCCAUGUUCCAAUUGAAUAAUCAGAAUAUAUAUAUCUAUAUCCAUAAGUGAAACUUUGGAAAUCUCCCUUUCGAUAACAUUUUCAUUUAGGUUUCUAUUCCCCUUAACUCUGAAAGGAGAGAAGUAAGAAGUUAUACGUUUGUUUUUAGCCCAAUGGACUCAAUAAUAAUAAUAAUAAUAAUAAUACAACUCAUACAAAUAAUGCAUAAUAAUAAUAACACAAUUAUACUGUUUAAAACAUAUGUCUUGAUUUGACUGGGUUAGGUAAACGUUAUUAUUAUUUACAGUCAAUAAUAACGUUUACAAUUAUAUUACAAUGACUGUGAAUUAUCACUGGUUAAUAGCACAUGUGGUAAUCAAAGUCAAAAUGAUAGGCUAAUAAUAACGUUGGAUAAUAUUAGACCAAAACGCAUAACGUCAUAGAAAACAAAAUAACCACUUCUUUAAUUAACUGCAACGAUAAUAAACAGUUAUUGGAGCACUGUUAUAUUGAUUUAAAGCAAUCGUGGAUAUUUGUAUUGCAUCUAAAGCCAUUUUUGGUUUGUUUAGAAGGGUAUGAGAGCGUGCAUAAUUGCAAAUUGGAAAACGAAAUAUUUAGGAUAUUUUACACAACAUUUUGAAAUUGUGUAGGCUGUAAUUUCAAUCAUGUUAUAAAUCAGAUUCAAGUGAGAACUGAAUUAAUGCACUGACUAACAAACAAGUAAACAAAUAUGUUUUAGCCUUGAAAUCCCUGUCCAUAGAUAUGCAAAUUAUAUGGUAUUGGACCUGGACUGAGUUCUGUAGUCUAUUUUUUAUCCAAUCAUCUAACUCAGAUUCUUAAGGAUUGAACACUAUGAGGUUUCAAAACCCCUGAUACUGUACAAACGUCCAUCCUUUUUGUAUUUUGCUAUAGCUACAAUGCAUUCCACAACCUAAAAUCAAUACUUUUGAUGAUAUUCCAUAUUUAGAAGAUGUGUGUGUGUAGUGGAGUAUCGUUAACCCAAGAGAAGGUGUAAGGUAGUGCACUCACCAUCUCCUCCCCGUGUCCGUCUUCCCUUCCCUUUUCCCUUUCCUUCAAUUCCUGGUAACCGUGACAUCGUGACCACGUGAUUUGGACGGCUGAAUAAAUAGCUUUUGAGAGCUAUGAAUGGGAAUAGUAUGAAGCUCACGCAGGAUACUUGCUCCCUGCCUGUGCGUAAAGAUAUUCAUACAGAUAUGCAACAGUAAACUAACGACCUAAAACACAAAUGAGUGCAAGAAAGAAAAAUAAUUAUUGUAUAAAUGCUUGUAGUGGUCUUCAAGUAAAUAGCUUGACUGAAUUUUCCAUUCCAGUUUUGUUUUCCUGCGCUUGAAUUCAGAAGAGUUUCAUCCUCGGUGAAAGACACCACAGCCCCAAUGCCAACUGGUUGGAGUGGCGUUACACCUGGAUCCAAGCUUAGUUUUGCUCUCUUCUAGAUUCCAGUAAUGUUUCUAUGCAGCUCGGAGAAGUAAACAGGAGUUCGCUGUGGUCCUCGGAAGAGCGGUAGAGUGCUUUACGCACGGACUGAUUACACCCAGCGUGGGAGCUGAAAAGACUCCGUACGGAACUAGAGGGAGGAAGAGAACCAGUCUCUCCAAGGAUGACUCUAGGUACGGAUAUGUCCGACAACUCUGCGUUGUCUGAAGAUGUGGACAUAGAUGUGGUUGGGGGAGACAUCUCUGUUGGCAAGGAUGGGAAAUACCUUCAUCACGAUUUCCUGGACAAUGACUCAUACGAUAAUUUGUCUCAGAACGCGGGGGACAGGGGUUCCUCCCCCGGCCUCAGCAGCUCAGAGUGUCCGGCUGACCAGGUUGGAGUUGGUGGAGAUUCAGUGGCCAUGAUAGGUGAUAAGCCUGGUAAGAACGCUCUAGUCAAGCCCCCGUACUCCUACAUAGCCCUGAUAACCAUGUCUAUCCUCCAGAGUCCCAAGAAACGUCUCACUCUCAGCGAGAUCUGUGAGUUCAUCAGCAACAGAUUCCCGUACUAUCGGGAGAAAUUCCCCGCGUGGCAAAACUCCAUUCGUCACAAUCUUUCUCUCAAUGACUGCUUUGUCAAAAUCCCACGUGAGCCUGGCAACCCCGGAAAAGGCAACUACUGGACCCUCGACCCGGAGUCCGCAGACAUGUUCGACAACGGGAGUUUUUUACGCAGGAGGAAGCGCUUCAAGAGGCACCAAGCCAACGAAAUCCUCAGGGACGCCGGGGGGUUCCUGCCCGGGUUCGGAUACGGCCCUUAUGGGUACAACUACGGACUCCAGCUGCAGAACUUCCAUGCACAUAACCCCUAUCAUCCGCACCUCCCAGCAGGCGCUUUCCCUUUCCAGAAUACACCUUGUGGAUUCCCCUCGUCAGCCUCAAUAUUCCCCACGCCACAUCCCCUGCCCUCUCUAUUAGGGGCUGACUUACGAAAGCCAUUCUACCCUCAACUCAGCCCGACCUUGCCCGGCCUGGCGCCUCUCAAGACGGACACUAACACUCCAACUCGGCCCUCUUUCUCUAUAGACAAUAUAAUCGGUGCAUCUAACUCCGUGGCCUCCCCGUACAGUGCACAGUCGGGCAGCCACAGCCACAGUCAGGCUCAGAUCCUGGCCAUGUUGAACCCUGCACUCGCCUCAGCUUCGAACCACUUGAACCUCUCGCAGGAAACAAUGCUUCAGCCUGGCUCACAUACAUUCUCCAGCAAAACUACAAAUCUUAACAUUUGCCAUUUCUAA